UUAAAAACUCGGCCCACAUCUAAAAACACUUAUAUUGUGAAAAACGAGACGGCAAAUCAAUCGAGGGUUAGGGUUUUAGAAUCUUUAAAGAAUCACAUUCACACAUCAGAGAGGAAGAAGAAGAUCGCAGCCAUGUUCCCAGGAAUGUUCAUGCGAAAGCCAGACAAAGCCGAGGCUCUGAAGCAGCUACGCACUCAUGUCGCUCUUUUUGGCAGCUGGGUUGUCAUUAUCCGUGCUGCUCCCUACGUCCUCUCCUAUUUCUCCGAUUCCAAAGAUGAGCUCAAGAUCGAUUUCUAAAUGACUCUUUCAAUUUUCAGCGUUGAAGCGGUGAGAUAGAUGCAUUAUGAAGCAAUGGAAGAUAUCUUGUUUGUUUUUGCAACCUUCUUACUCUUAAGACCUGAGAUUACGAAAUCAUGAGACAUUUAGUUAUAUAGUGGUGUACUUUUGGGAUUUGUUUUUGGUUUAUGUUCUUCUCACCAACGUUCUCCAAUUUCCAGCAAAUUACCUUCGGCUAUUCACUACCGAUUUGCAGAUCAGAUUCUGCCCAUUAUUCUUUUGAAUUUGCAAAAUUUUCUUCUCAGAACUAGUUUUGUCUUUUGUGGAGCGUUUUAAUUAAAACACUUUUUAAUGAAACGAGUAAGUUUUGGACAUUUCUAAAGUGUUGUCUUGUGAUUUUCUAAAGAGCAAUCGACUUUUCGUACAGGAGGAAGCUAGAUGCAUUGAAAUAAAAUAAAAUAAAUAUAAAGGGGGAGAGAUCGGGAAUUGAAGAAGAAAG